GCAACGACAACUUUCUGCUAUUUCUGAAUUUACAACGGACAUUCAACAUGUGGCUGGGAAGAACAACUUGGUUGCGGACUGUCUCUCUCGUGCCCUUGUUGCCACUGUUCAUUUGGAGAUAGACUAUGCUGAGAUGGCUGCGGACCAGCUGAAAGACUUGGAGGUGCAGGCACUGCGCACAGCCGAGACUAGUUUGCAGCUGAAGGAUGUCCCUUUUCACGACUGUGGGGCGACCCUCCUGUGUGACAUUUCUAUGGACAAGCUACGCCCAUUGGUCCCCGCUGCUUGGCGGCGCCACGUUUUUGAUGCCAUUCACUCCCUGUCUCACCCAGGGGUUAAAGCCUCAGUUAGGUUGGUGGGUUCCAACUUUGUGUGGCCUGGCCUCAGGAAGGAGGUUAAGGUUUGGGCCAGUACAUGCAUGGCGUGCCAGCGCGCUAAAGUGCAGCGUCACAUUAAGGGUCCUUUAGACCCUUUUCAAAUUCCUGAAAGGCGUUUUGAACAUGUUCAUGUAGAUCUGGUCGGGCCUUUUCCCCCGUCACGAGGUUUCACUCACCUCCUCACUGUGGUGGACAGAACCACGCGGUGGCCCGAGGCAGUUCCCCUGUCCUCUACUACUUCGUCGGAGGUGGCUCGUGCCUUCAUCUAUUCUUGGGUGUCACACUUCGGUGUUCCUUUGGAUAUGACCUCGGAUAGGGGUCCGCAGUUUACUUCUAAGCUGUGGAACGCUGUGGCUGGGAGCUUGGGAGUGACACUUCACAGGACCACAGCGUACCACCCGCAAGCUAACGGACUGUGCGAGCGGUUUCAUCGCACUGUGAAGGCUGCCCUCCGUGUGUCAAUGGUGGACAGUAGCUGGGUGGACAGGCUGCCCUGGGUUUUGUUGGGCCUACGCUCCGCCCACAAGGAGGACCUGAAUUCCUCCCCUGCUGAGUUGGUCCUGGGUCAGACUCUGAGGGUCCCCGGAGAGUUUCUUCCUAGUGUUCCGGGUUUGGGCCCCAGAGUGGUUGGGAGGUCUAGCUUCCAGGGGAGGACUGAAGUUUUCUCACCCAUUGCGGCACACCACUGCCUUCCUCAGUCGUACGUCCCUAAGGACCUUAUGUCGGCCAAGUACGUUUUUAUCCGACAUGAUGCGCACCACUCUUCCCUGCAGGCCCCUUAUGAUGGUCCUUUUCGUGUGCUGGAAGCGGGGCGUAAGUUUUUUCUGGUGGAGAUGGGGACGGGGAAGGACCGUGUUUCUGUGGAUCGUUUGAAGCCUGCUCAUGUGCUCCAGGAUGACAAAGUGGGGCUGGCACGCCCUGCCUGCCGGGGCCGCCCUCCGAAUCCUAUCUGUGAUGUUGGGCCUUUAUCCAUUCCUGUCCCGCCGCCCAAGACUGUUAAGCACAGUCGUAGCG